AUGAAGAAAAAAGAUAGAGGUGCAGUCACUAUUCCUUGUAGCAUUGGAGAUAGAUCCUUCAAGAAAGCACUGAUAGAUUUGGGAGCAAGUGUGAGUCUAAUGCCCCUCUCAAUUUACAAAAAACUUGGGUUAGGGGAGGUGCAGGAUACUCGCAUGACAUUGCAGUUUGCGGAUCAUUCUAUGAAGAGACCAUAUGGUAUAGCAACAGAUGUCCUGGUAAAGAUUGAUAAAUUUGUAUUUCUGGUUGAUUUUGUGAUACUUGAGAUGCCGGAAGAUGAGGAGAUUCCUCUCAUACUAGGAAGACCUUUCCUAGAAACUGGAAGAUGCAUGAUAGACAUUGAAGAAGGUACCAUGACCCUCAAAGUUUAUGAUGAAAAACUCAAAAUUGAUGUGAGAGAUACUAUGAAAUUCAAAGAAGACGAAGGGGCGAGUAAAAGUAUUGAAGUGUUAGAUACAGUUUUUGCUCAGUCAAUGCAGAUUACAACACCCAGGCUUCCGUUGGAGAGAGUUUUGAGUUUAUCUAUUGUGGAGGAUACUGAAGGAAUUGAUGAGGAAGAAUUCGAAGUGGUAGCAAUGUUAAAGGAACAACCGCCUUGGGCUCGUUCCCGACCGCAACGUUGUGAGGAGCUUCGACCUAAAACAUCUUCAGAAUCGAAAUAG